AUGCCCAUAGGCGGAGUUCUUCUUGUGUCAGAUCGCGCUCGCCGCUCUGGUAACGGUAAAUUGCAGAACUAUAUUGGCCAUCGAACUUGGACCAUGGACGCAAAGCUACCAAACCUGCUCGGCGGAAUGGCCCAACCGGGAUAUAUUGACUUUGACGAAGCCAGCCAACAACAAAGUAAACCACGGAUAUAUACGCAGCAUGCACACCCUUCGAAGGAGGUGUGGAACAAACAAGAGUCCUUGCGCACGCUGCAAAGGCUGGAGUUUGUAAUGGAAAUCUCCUACCAGAACUCCCACCAACUCUGGAUAAUCCCAACCCUCGCUAAAAAGGAUUUCGAGCGCAGAAGCAAGAUCAUCCUUCAACUCCCCUUUGAGUCCCAUCCUCGUCACCAUCUUCACAAUCGGCAACACCAGCCUCCCCAAUCCCACACCAAGCAAGGAGCCUCCUACCCUCAUCGUCCCAUAACUCGCUCACCUUGCCAAUCAACCCCCAUCUUCGUCCUCCCAUCCAACCUCCCCUUGCGGCAAACCCAACUCACAGGCUGCCCCCGUGGUGUUGACACCCGUGACUGGUCUUCCGGUCCUCCAACGCAAUCCCCCUGUCAGAACAUAGACAUACUGCCCCAGUCUCCUUUCGUGUGCCUCAGGAUCUUGAUCAGCAUGUAA